AGCGGCGCUCUAAUGCUAUUACACACGCACGGCUCGCACCCGCGCAGAAACGGAGGUGCGACCAGACAGAUGCGAGAGAGCGCACGGACACCGCGGAGUGGCAGAGUGCAAUCGAAUGCUUAUGAGUAAUAUUUAAACCAAGAGGAUCUUGAUUUUGGAUUCGCCACAUGGGAGAUCAGGUCCGACGCUUUACCAGCUUACAAAAUCGCGCUCUAAUCUGCAUUCUAUUUAGAUUUAUGUGAAUGGGUGUGCUCAAGGGAAAGAAAAUCACUCGUGGCGUUGGAUUUGGUUUGGGGAAAUUCACACUUCAGAUUUUAGCUUGAGGUAAUCGUAAAUCCAGUGGACGAACAACUGAUCGCUGGUGGAGUGCGCAUUUAAUUGAAUACAUAAUUAUGAAGUGAAUAACCACGUAGUAUAGACACGAUCGAUUAAUAUUCAAAGGAAUACUUUCUGUCGAUGUAUCAGUAUGGCUUGUUUGGAUAUUGCGGAAUGCUCAAAAGAACUGGACUGUAACUAAGUCUGUUUUAGAGAGGGGAAUGCGAAGAGACGGAGGAUCGUGACUCUUCUGGAUCAAAGUCUCAAACAGUUUCGGUGUACAGACGGAUAAAUACACCAGGGGUUAACGUAACAUAGAGGAGACUUGGACCACAAGUUCUCUUCAGAAACGGAACGGUGAAAUACACCCAACAAGAUGGAUAUAUUCAUGUCGAUGUUUGGAUUGUUACUGGCAUUUUGUUUAACACGCAGAGUGCACGGAGAUGACGAGGUGGUUUGUGGGGGACGCGUGGAUGCCAGAGACGCGGGGUACAUUACCUCCCCAGGGUACCCUCACGAGUACCCCCCUCACCAGAACUGCGAGUGGGUGAUCACUGCCCCCGAGCCGUCCCAGCGCAUCGUCCUCAACUUCAACCCCCACUUCGAGCUGGAGAAGCUGGACUGCAGGUACGACUUCAUUGAAAUCCGGGAUGGGAACUCUGGCGUCGCCGAUCUUUUGGGGAAGCACUGCAGCAACAUUGCCCCGCCUGCCAUCAUUUCCUCGGGCCCCGCCCUCUUCAUCAAGUUUGCCUCAGACUACGCCCAUCAGGGGGCCGGGUUCUCUCUGCGCUACGAGAUCUUCAAGACGGGCAAGUACUUCUGCUCCCGGAACUUCACCAGCCGGUCGGGCGUGAUCGAGUCCCCGGGGUUCCCUGACAAGUACCCCCACAACCUGGAGUGCACGUUCAUCAUCGUUGUGCAGCCGCGCAUGGACGUCACCCUCACCUUCCUGACCUUCGACCUGGAGAACGACCCCCUGCAGGUGGGGGAGGGGGACUGCAAGUACGACUGGCUGGAGGUGUGGGACGGUCUGCCGCAGGUGGGACCCCUGAUUGGACGUUUCUGUGGCACUAAGGUUCCUCCUGAGAUCCAGUCCUCCACCGGCCUGCUCUCUCUCUCCUUCCACACGGACACGGCUGUAGCUAAAGAUGGCUUCUCCGCCCGCUACAACAUGACCCUAAAGGAAGUCAGUGACACGUUUCACUGCAGCAGUCCCUUUGGGAUGGAGUCCGGAAAGAUCUCUGACGACCAGAUCACGGCGUCCUCUUCCUUCGAAGAUGGCCGCUGGUCUCCUCGCCAGGCACGGCUCAAUAACCAUGACAACGGGUGGACUCCUCGUGAGGACAGCACCAAGGAGCACAUCCAGGUGGACCUGCACUUCCUCAGGGUCCUGACGGGCAUCGCCACCCAAGGCGCGGUCUCCAAGGAGACGCAGAAGUCCUAUUAUGUCACCACCUUCAAGCUGGAGGUCAGCACCAAUGGGGAGGACUGGAUGGUCUACCGGCAUGGAAAGAAUCACAAGGUUUUCCACGCCAACACGGACCCCUCCGAGGUGGUCCUGAACCGCGUCCCCCAGCCCGUUCUGGCCCGCUUCGUCCGGAUCCGGCCGCAGACCUGGAAGAACGGGAUCGCCCUGCGCUUCGAGCUCUACGGCUGUCAGAUCACCAACGCUCCGUGCUCGGAGAUGCAGGGGAUGCUCUCGGGGCUGCUGCCCGACUCCCAGAUUUCGGCCUCCUCCGUUCGGGACCUGCACUGGCCCCCCGGGGCGGCCCGGCUGGUGGCCAGCAGGUCGGGGUGGUUCCCCGCCCCCGCCCAGCCCGUGGCCGGCGAGGAGUGGCUCCAGGUGGACCUGGGGGUCCUCAAAACGGUGCGGGGCGUGAUCACCCAGGGGGCGCACAGCGGGGAGGGCGGCACCAGCGCGGAGAACCGGGCCUUCGUCAGGAAGUACCGCCUGGCCCACAGCGCCACCGGCAGGGACUGGAACUUCCUCAUGGACAGCAAGACCAGCCUGCCCAAGGUUUUUGAGGGGAACACACACUUCGACACCCCGGAGAUCCGUCGGUUCGAGGAGACCCCGGCCCAGUUCAUCCGGAUCUACCCGGAGCGGUGGUCCCCAGCGGGCAUCGGCAUGAGGCUGGAGGUGUUGGGCUGUGACCUGCCAGAGACGACCUCGCGCACCAACAUGGCCACAGCCACCGCCCCCCUGCUCCACCCAGGAGAGGGCAGCGCCACCCGGAGGGCGGGGCCAGUUCCUGUGACCACGCCCUCCUCUCUGAUUGGCCUGUGUGAUUUUGAGCGGGGCUUGUGUGGGUGGAGCCGGGACCCCACCGCUGAGCUCCACUGGUCCCUGCACAGCAGGGGCGGGUCUCCGGGUGAGGGGCGGGGCCAGGAAGCUCCUCAGGUUUCUAAGGAUUUCGGGAGCUACCUGUACGCGGAGGCGAGCCCCAAGGCGGAGCGGGAGCGGGCGCGGCUGCUGAGCCCGGAGGUAGAGGAGGAGAGGGGCCCCAUCUGCCUGCUGUUCUCCUACCAGCUCCGCACCGAGGGCGGGGCCAGCCUGAGGGUGCUGCUCCGAGGCUCAGACCACCAGGAGACCCUGCUGUGGGCUCUGCGGGGCGACCAGGGGCCCCUCUGGAGCGAGGGCCGAACCAUCCUGCCCCGCUCCCCAAAAACGUACCAGGUUGUCAUGGAGGCGCUCUUUCACCGUGGCGACAGGGGACACAUCCGGAUUGACAACAUCCACCUCAGCUCCAGCACGCCGCUGGAAGAGUGCAUACAGCCGUUUGCCGCCUUCCCUCCUGACAUGACUGAUCCAAGACCAGCAGACUUUGGUGAUGAACUUCUGUCCAACGGCAGAGGCCAGACAGACAGAGGAGUCCCCCACCUGGAGAGGAGCACCCCCGCGCCGUCCUCCGACCCCCCGGUGACCCCCGAGUCUGAGAAGGACAACUCCUGGCUGUACACGCUGGACCCCAUCCUGGUGACCAUCAUCGUGAUGAGUUCCCUGGGCGUCCUGCUGGGGGCGGUGUGCGCCGGGCUGCUCCUCUACUGCACCUGCUCCUACGGCGGCCUCUCCACCCGCAGCUCCACCACCCUGGAGAACUACAACUUCGAGCUGUACGACGGCAUCAAGCACAAGGUCAAGAUCAACCAGCAGAGGUGCUGCUCCGAGGCCUGAGGGGGGGGCGCCAGGGUCCCCCCCCCUCUCUCUCCCCCUCUCUCUCUCUCUCUCUCGCGCCUGUGGGACAGAGCCUGAACAGACCGUAUCUCUCAAUCACUGACCGCCCUGCUCCUGAAAAGGAGGCAAGACAGCUGAGAACUGCUCCUACUGCACUGUUCUGCAAGUGCCAAAACCUUUAAAACAUAUCAGCAAUGCCUAGCCCCAAAAACAUUUCGUACAGACUUCUGCAUCUUCCGCAUUUUAAUCAGCUUGCAUUUCAGCCGAGUGACACCUUGACGACAUAGACACGGGACUGAGUGACACCUCAGAUGUUGAUGGGCAAGUACUUGUGAAACUUCAGGCUUCGUUGUGGCCUGGGAAUUUUUUUGUUGUUGUUGUUGGAUGGUCUCCACAGAAUUGCGGCUUCAGUUUUUCUCCUUUUUUCAUCUGGGCUAUUUUUAUAGAUAAUUAUUUUUGUCUGUUGACUGUCAGUCUUACGCUUCCUCGGUUCUUAAGUGUGUAUGAUAUUAAUAUUUGAAGUUUUUGCUUUGGAAUGUUGCCAAGCUGUGUAAAAAAAAAAAAAAAAAGAAGACGUAAUUAGGCAAGAAAAUUUUUUUACAAAAUGUUCAGUUACACACUUUAGCUGGACAAGAAGGAUCGUCUUUGAAUUUUUAUUUCUGAAAGGAUACACAAAAACAGACAGAGAGACACACGCAGACAGACUGACACACACACACACAUACACACACACAGUGAUGCUCUGUGACCCCAAAGGUUAUUUCAUUGCAUCCUAUGGAUAGCAGAGUUUGAGCCAUGGACAUGUUGGUCACAGAUCUACACGUGUAUCAGAGCAAGGAGAGAGGCAACACACACACACACACACACACACGCGCACACUUCAGAGAACGGAGGAGAGGGAGGGGUUUUUGUCUGUCCUCACCUUCCCCGAGUGCCAUAUGAAAGCGCUUAAAGGAGGCCCAGACGAAGGGUUCUGGAAACGGACGCUUUGUUGGGAGUGCUGUUGAGCCUUAAGCCCAGUUUUUGGAGGAGAGCCAUCGAGGCAGAGAUGUCCAGGACACAAACCGUUGAGGCCUUGGGAGGGUUGUGUCAUCGUCGUUUCGACAUCGCUUUUUCCACAGCGAAGCAGAGAGGUAAACAGGACGCAGGUUUUGUGUUUAUAUGAAUCUGACUGCAGUACUUGUGUAACGUUCCUGGAUGUUUCUACGUUGUAAGAGAAAGAACCGCAAAUCUUUUCCUGCAUAGAAUGAGGUCUUACCUGUACACACAUGCACACGCUCGCAUGCACACACACGCACACACACACACACACACACGCUCACAGGCAGUGUGCGAGUGUCUUGAUCCGUGGGUGCUGAUUGGACGCUGGCAAAUGAGCCAAUGGUGGUUCAGCUGUGGGGCGGAGAUGGUGCAUCGAGCUCCUGGAACUCUGUUCACUCUUUUCCAAGUGCCUUGGAGCUCGCCCCAGUGAAUCUUCCUGUGGAGAGGAGAGAGCAUGUGGUCUCCUGUCUGGGACAGGAGGCUGAGAUCAUCCUGGCCACUCCUCAGAUACAAAUGUUAUUUGUAGACUUUGUACAGAAAUUUUUUUUAUUGUUAUUAUUAUUUAAUAAACGAUUGAGAAUAUAGAA